AUGAAGAUCGAACUCCUGUCCUUGGUCAAUAGAAGGAGAAUCCGGCAGCUUCUGGAGCCCAUUGCUGCUCUUGUAGACCUAGAGCCUGUUUUGAAAAAUGGUCCACACGGAUCCGCCUUUCAGCCAGCACAAAGCCAAGGCGAUCCUAUUCAAAUAAUCGAUGACGAGAACACUGGAAAGCCACCUCAAUUAAUAGAGAUGAGCGACUCCUUCUCCGGUCAGUUAUCCUCUGUUAGUGCAUAUGAGACCUUGAAAGCGGGAUGUCGUGUGCUUUAUCACAGGACACAACCAUUCAUGCCACCGCAAAAUCAGCAUUACCGAUGGCGAAUAGGCGUCUCAACUGUGAAAAUUGGCGCACAAAGUUUUAUAUCUGGACUAAACCUAUUUCCAUCGGGUAGUCAGUCUAAUAUCACUGGUCGUCUACUCGGAUUUCGUAAUCCAGCUUCCGAGGUGUGGAUAGAAAUCCCUCCCACCUCGCAAGUGAAAGCUCUUUGUGCAGCGUUUUCCUCCCAAGGGCUGAGAGGGAUCAAGUUUACAUUCACGAAUUGCGAUUCAACAGACUGGGUUGGAAGUAGCAGCGACCCAAGAAUUACUCAAGAGAUCCUCAGUACCACAGAAAAUAUGAAUCAGCAUUAUCUACUUGUAGGUCUAGAUCGUUUUAAAAUUGUUUCGCUCGGUCUGGGCGAAUUGACGAACUAUCCCGGAUCUUCUCUGGAGUCUCUCCCUCGCAAUGUGUGA